GGCAUAUUCUCGAUUCUCACCUGCAUUACCGGUUAUAUUUAGGCUAAAUGAUUCAUUCUCCUCAAUAUCUCCACUGUUGAUGAAAACAACCCUCGAAACUGACAACACCAAAUCAGGUGAUCUGGGAACAUAUAUACUUUCGGUUGUCUCAGCUAGAAGUGAAAUGUUGAUACUCUAAGCUUUCAUUCAGUCUCUUACUUCAAUCGAUAUUGCUGUGUUCAUCAUGAAGACAUCCAGCCUACUGGGGGCCAUUGGAAUCACUGGUGUUGUUGCAGAUAACUUUCCAGACUGUGUGAACGGUCCUUUGGCCAAUAACACAGUAUGCGAUACUAGUUCAGACCCAUACACAAGAGCUGCAGCUCUAAUAUCAUUAUUUACCCUUGCCGAGAAAGUCAACAACACGGGGAAUACAAGUCCCGGGGUUCCAAGAAUAGGGCUUCCAUCAUACGAAUGGUGGAAUGAAGCACUCCAUGGAAUUGCUCGUAGUCCUGGGACCACUUUUGCAGCUACGGGUUCCAAUUACUCUUACUCGACGUCUUUUCCUCAACCUAUUUUGAUGGGAGCUACAUUCGACGAUGAAUUAAUCCACAAAGUAGCCACUCAGGUCUCUACAGAAGCAAGAGCUUUCAACAAUGUUAAUAGGUUUGGCCUUAAUUUUUGGACUCCCAACAUCAACCCUUACAAAGAUCCUCGAUGGGGCCGUGGCCAAGAAACUCCUGGCGAAGAUCCAUUCCAUACUUCUAGCUAUGUCAAUGCUCUCAUAACUGGACUUCAAGGUGGACUCGAUGAUCUACCCUACAAAAAAGGAGUAGCAACUUGCAAACAUUUUGCAGGUUAUGAUCUUGAGAAUAGUGAUGGAGCUAUAAGAUAUGGAUUCGAUGCUAUCAUCAAAUCUCAGGAUCUCAGAGAUUAUUAUCUACCCCCAUUUCAACAGUGCGCCAGAGAUUCAAAUGUUCAGAGCGUUAUGUGUAGUUACAAUGCAAUGAACGGGGUCCCCACAUGUGCGGAUGAUUGGUUGUUGCAAACACUUUUGAGGGAACAUUGGGGAUGGACGGAAGAGGACCAGUGGGUAACUAGUGACUGCGAUGCUGUCAAAAAUAUCUGGGAUUAUCACAAUUACACAUUAACUCCCGAGCAAUCCGCCGCAGAUGCACUAAAUGCAGGGACUGAUCUCGAUUGCGGUACUUUCUGGCCAACCUACUUAGGAUCAGCGUACGAUCAAGGCCUCUAUGAUAUAUCUACACUUGACAGGUCCCUCGCCCGCCGCUAUGCGUCGCUAGUCCGGCUUGGAUACUUUGAUCCACCAUCUGUUCAGCCAUAUCGUCAACUUAACUGGGAUAAUGUUUCCACGCCCGCCGCCCAACAACUCGCACUGCAAGCAGCGGAAGAUGGAAUUGUGCUCCUCAAGAACGAUGGAAUACUUCCACUGUCAUCGAAUAUCACGAAUGUGGCAUUGAUUGGCCCAUUGGCUAAUGCUACGAAACAAAUGCAGGGAAAUUACUACGGCACAGCUCCAUAUUUGCGUUCUCCAUUAAUUGCAGCACAAAAUGCGGGAUUCAAAGUUACGUAUGUACAGGGUGCAGAUAUCGAUUCUCAGAACACGACAGACUUUUCAGCAGCUAUAUCUGCAGCACAAAGCGCUGAUCUCGUUAUAUAUGUUGGUGGGAUAGAUAAUUCCAUAGAAGCAGAGGAAAUAGACCGAACAUCCAUCUCCUGGCCUUCAAGUCAGUUGUCUCUAAUAAACCAGCUUGCCAACCUCUCUACUCCCCUCAUCAUCUCCCAAAUGGGCUGCAUGAUAGACUCCUCCUCCCUCCUCUCAAACACUGGAGUCAAUGCACUACUAUGGGCCGGCUAUCCUGGUCAAGACGGUGGAACCGCUAUCUUCAACAUCCUCACCGGAAAAACAGCACCAGCAGGUCGUCUACCCAUCACCCAAUAUCCCAGCAACUACGUAAACCAAGUCACCAUGACCGAUAUGAACCUACAACCCAGCAGAUUCAACCCCGGAAGAACAUACAAAUGGUACAACGGCGAACCCGUUUUCGAAUACGGUUAUGGAUUGCAAUACACGACCUUUGACGCUAAAAUCACCCCUUCCUCACCUAACAAUACAUUUGAAAUUUCCGAAUUACUCGCAAACGCAUCGAAUUAUAAAGAUUUAACACCCUUCGUAAAAAUUCCCAUCACGGUCUCUAACACCGGUACCACAACAUCAGAUUACGUGGCUCUUUUCUUCCUGAGUGGAACCUUCGGACCAGCACCACAUCCUAAGAAAUCCCUGGUUGCAUAUACGAGACUUCAUGAUAUUACAGGAGGAGCAAAUGCAACUGCAGAGGUGAGCUUGAAUCUGGCAAGCUUGGCAAGAGGAAAUUGGAAUGGAGAUUUGAUUCUGUAUCCGGGGGAUUAUAAAGUCGUGGUUGAUAUCGAUGGCAAGGAUGAGUGGAGUUUCACCUUGACAGGGGAAGAGGCACUUUUGGAUAGUUGGCCUGAGAAGAGCGAAAGUAUGAAGGUGCAAGAGAUGAGUGCUAGGUUAGAAUUAUGAUAUUCUACGAAGAUGGUAGAAGGAUGCAAAGUGUGUCAAUUGCAUAGUAUUUAGAUGCUUAGGGCAUCUACACAACCACGUUAUGAGCCUACGAUAGAGAGGUAAAGACCUUUGAGAUUAUGAGACAACAACGUUUUCCUCAUAGUUUGAACUACAUGCUGAUUUUAACGAAUUACAUAAUUUUCACAAUGGCAGAAUAUGAAAAAUGGAUUCUCACA